AUGUCUUCUUCACGGUUAAACCUUGAGAAUUAUCAAAUUCCACUGGAGGAGAUCAAAAUUGCCACCGAAAACUUCAGUCCGCAAAGAUGUAUAGGUGGUGGUGGAUUUGGUGAAGUCUAUAAAGGAAAACUCUGGAAACGUGGGCGAAACCGCACAGUUGCUAUCAAGCGACUGGGUAAGGACAGCCACCAAGGAGAGCAUGAGUUCCGCAACGAGCUUGAGAUGAUUCGCAGAUUCGACCAUGAGAACAUAAUCUCUUUCAUUGGCUACUGUGAUGAAGACAGUGAAAUGAUUAUAGUUUAUGAGUAUGCUGAAAAUAGAAGCCUCGAUCAUCAUCUCGGCGACCCAAAUAAGAUCCGUCACAUAACAUGGAUGCAACGCCUGAAUAUUUGCAUAGGGGCAGCAAAAGGACUCAAUUACCUCCACUCCGGUCUUGGUGAGCACAACAGAGUAAUACAUAGAGACGUCAAGAGUGCUAAUAUAUUGUUAGAUAACAAUUUUGUGGCAAAAAUUUGCGAUUUUGGUUUGUCGAAAUCGGGUCCUAGAAAUCAGCCAGAUACCAAACUCUAUACAAAGGUUGCGGGUACACAGUUUUACUUAGAUCCCACCUACCAUGAAAGCCGCAUACUCCAAAAAGAAUCAGAUGUAUACUCGUUUGGCGUGGUACUCUUUGAAGUCCUGAGUGGGAUGCUGGUUUAUAAUGGAAGGAGCAUUGGAGAUCAGCAACAGUUUCUGAUGAAUUUGGUCCGACGAUACCAUGAUAAUGAACCACACAAGCUAAUUGAUCCUUAUAUAAGAGAUCAAAUUGACAGUCGUUCUUUUGAUACUUACAAAGAAAUAGCAUACCAGUGCGUAAGCUAUAAUUUAAAGGAUCGACCCACGAUGGAUGCUGUCAUUAAGAGGAUAGAGGAAGCAUUAACUAUGCAAGCAUACCUCUGCUUCCGUAUAUAG